AUGUCCUCCCCUCUCCGUGCUCUCUCCCCCGGCUCGUCCCUGGCCUCGUACGACUAUUUCUCGGCGCACUCGCGCUCGCACAGCGAUCCGCGCGACAGCUCUUCGGGCGACUCGGACUCGUACGGCACCCUCUCCGACGACGGCUCCUCGGACGACGAGAUCCUCCUCUCCUUCUCCGAGCUCUCCUCAGCCGACUUGCGCUCCCAGCGCGGCGCGCUCACCCCCGCCCUCUUCUCCGACGAUGAGUUCGUGCUCAUGAGCCGGCCCCGCUCGCCCGCAUCCGGCGACGAUCUCACCGCCUCCUUCUCCGAACUCUCGCUCUCUUCCCGUUCCCGUGGAUAUGGCCACCGCAGGGUUGCUUCGGGCAGCAGCACCGGCAGCGCGAAGAGCCAGGCGUCGUACCCGAACUCCUCCCCAAAGCGGCGCAACCGGAAGCGGCGUGCCGCGCAGACGCCUGGCAACGGCCGCGCCGAGGACGGGCAGCACCACGGACAGCAGCCCCAGGGCAAUGGCGAGUCCUACGAUGCGAAGCUCAAGCACCACAGUCCGUCAAAGGCGCGGAGGAAGGCUCGCCGGGCUGCUUCGCAGGCGGUAGCCGCAGGCCAGACGCAAGACCUUGCACUCGUCCCCGCAUACCCUGCUGCGGGACUCGGCGACCGGGGGAUCGUUGACGAUGUGUCCGAGGCGGGGAGCGAGUACUCGUACAUCCCGCCGGAGCUGUACAGGAGUGCGCAGAGAUACGUCUCGUCGUACGUCCAUCUGAUUUCGACGUUUCUAUGCGUCCCGCGCUGA